CUCAGUCUCAUCCUCAUCCGGAAGGCAUCUGCAUUCAGCAAUCCGCCUCUCUCGAUCGCAAUGGAGAUCUCAGCCGGCGAAGCGAAGAAGAUAAAGUUGAAACCAAUCGAAGCAACACCGGAGAGCUUCAUGGACUAUGGCCAGGUGAUCGGACCGUCACCGGACGGCGAAGAGUUCGGGCCGCAAGACGCGCAGCUGAACUUGAGCGAAGGAACUCCGAGGUUCUACAUCAUGAGCCUGACGAACCGGCCCCUCGGAUUCUCCACCAUCACGCACCACGCGAAGGUCACGCAGUGCCUGGGGUCCAUCGGCGGCGGGGCCUGGUACCUGGGCGUCGCGAAGCCGUCGAUCGUGGCGGAGGCGGCGGCGCCGGAGGAGGGUGUGAAGAGAUCGAGGUGCGGCCAUUUGUACGCUGCUCCCGAGAUCGAGGAGGUCCGGGUGUUCAGGUUCAGCGGGCCCAAGUUCGUGAAGCUGGGAAAGGGGACGUGGCACGCUGGGCCGUUGUUCGAAGGAGAAUCCAUGGAUUUCUACAAUCUAGAAUUGAGCGACACUAACGUGGUGGUGGAUCACACAACUCAUAACUUCAGCAAGGAAGAUGGAGUGGUUUUUGCAAUUGAGAAAAGCGAGUAGCCUGUGUAGCAAGCAACCCUCCUCUCCUUUUGUACUACAAGUCUUGCUUCCUCUGCCAUUCAUGGCAGAUUUGGUUUCUUCACUUCUUGUAAUGUAACAGUCAUAACAUAAACUCAUAAAUUGCAUCCCUUUGUAGUUAGUCAUCUGAAUGUGAAGAAAGAGGUCUUCAAACCUCGUAUAAUGUCAUUGCUCAAGCUUCAAGGCAACAAUUUUACAGCAAACAUGUACAAGAGAGUAACAGCAAGGUAAUUAUCGGUAAUAAGGCUUAUC